UCUGCUGCUGGGCUCAGGCUAUGAGGGACAAUUUGAUGCUGUUGAGACCCGUCCCGUUGAAUCGGACAACGGCACUGCGCUCUUCGAGCAGUCCACUUUCGGCCAAAUCCAUCAAUCAGAGAUCAGCCAAAUAUUUCAUUCCUAAUACGCGGUUCGCCCUCGCGUUUGUUCCGGCCCUUCCAAUUCACUCAACGACAGAUAUAAUAUUUUACGCCGCAUCCUUUUCUACGGACCUGCCUGGUCUCCUAACGCAUUUUCGGACUCCCUGGGAAAGCCAUCGACCACACCUCACACUACGUGAACAUUGACUCUGUAUCACCUCCUACACUACCACCAUCACCAAAAUGUCCAGCCAUGAGGAGCAGCCGCCGGCUGACCAAACUGAGCUGAACGACUUUGGCAAGCUCACCUAUCAGUUUCUCAAGUUUGGUCAGAAUGCCAGUAGCAACGUGUCCAACGCGUUCAACGACAUGACUCUCCAGCAGUGGCUACGUCUCGUCGUCAUUGUGGGCGCCUACCUGCUCCUCCGCCCCUAUGUCACCACAUAUCUCGGCAAGAGGCAGGUCGAGAGCAUGGAGAAGCAGGACAAGGCGGAAAAGGAAAAGGCCAAGAUCUCACCCAACCAGCUGCGCGGGGAGGAGGCCGGGCCUUAUGAGGAGGAGGUGGACGACGACGAGGCGGAGGCCGCUGAAGCUACGGGCGCGUCUGGCUGGGGCGCCAAGGCGAGGACGAGGCAGCGUGUCAUGCUGAAGAAGAUGCUCGAGGCUGAGGAGAAGAGGCGGUGGGAAGAGGAAGAGGACGAAGACAUUGCUGAUCUUUUGGAAGAUUGAGGAGGGGCAACGUCAAGUCAAGGAGGGCACCAGGUGCAUUUGCCCUGUGUCCCCUA